UACCUCCUGGUUACAGGUCCCUAUGAGGAGAGGCCCACACAUGGACCAGUUGAUUACCUCCCGGGUACAGGUCCCUAUGAGGAGAGGCCCACACAUGGACCAGUUGAUUACCUCCUGGGUACAGGUCCCUAUGAGGAGAGGCCCACACAUGGACCAGUUGAUUACCUCCUGGGUACAGGUCCCUAUGAGGAGAGGCCCACACAUGGACCAGUUGAUUACCUCCUGGGUACAGGUCCCUAUGAGGAGAGGCCCACACAUGGACCAGUUGAUUACCUCCUGGUUACAGGUCCCUAUGAGGAGAGGCCCACACAUGGACCAGUUGAUUACCUCCUGGUUACAGGUCCCUAUGAGGAGAGGCCCACACAUGGACCAGUUGAUUACCUCCCGGGUACAGGUCCCUAUGAGGAGAGGCCCACACAUGGACCAGUUGAUUACCUCCUGGGUACAGGUCCCUAUGAGGAGAGGCCCACACAUGGACCAGUUGAUUACCUCCUGGGUACAGGUCCCUAUGAGGAGAGGCCCACACAUGGACCAGUUGAUUACCUCCUGGGUACAGGUCCCUAUGAGGAGAGGCCCACACAUGGACCAGUUGAUUACCUCCUGGUUACAGGUCCCUAUGAGGAGAGGCCCACACAUGGACCAGUUGAUUACCUCCUGGUUACAGGUCCCUAUGAGGAGAGGCCCACACAUGGACCAGUUGAUUACCUCCUGGGUACAGGUCCCUAUGAGGAGAGGCCCACACAUGGACCAGUUGAUUACCUCCUGGGUACAGGUUCCUAUGAGGAGAGGCCCACACAUGGACCAGUUGAUUACCUCCUGGGUACAGGUCCCUAUGAGGAGAGGCCCACACAUGGACCAGUUGAUUACCUCCUGGUUACAGGUCCCUAUGAGGAGAGGCCCACACAGGGACCAGUUGAUUACCUCCUGGGUACAGGUUCCUAUCACACAAAUGGGCCACUGUGCUUUUGAGGCCUCCUUUCCAAUGGCAGCCGAAGGAGUAAGUCAGUUUAGAGGCUACAGAAGACAUGAGUCAUGAGUCACUUGGAGGGUCACAAACCCAAGUAAAGGAUAGCGUGUGCUUUUUAAGGCUCAUUAUAGGUGUCAACUCAAUGUGGCCGUCAGAUCCCAAACAGCCAAUGACAGAAGACUGUCCAAGAACACCUGCUGCGAGGCAAAGAUUACCUCUAGAGAUCCAGGCUCUGUCGUAGCCGGCCGCGACCGGGAGACC